AUGGUCCCCAGUGCCAUGUCUGAGGAGAGAGGUGCCUGCGUUUUCAGAGCUAAUCUUCAUGUGAAACAAACAUUUUCCUCAGAUUGUGAGAGACGGUGGAGUUUGAGUUAUGAUUUGUCUCACGAUAUGGUGUGUAGGCCAAUCAAGCCUUUGGAUAUCUCCCAGUAUAGGUUGUUGGCAUCUGCAGGUGUUGGCUGCAAUAUUGCACCCAAGGGCAAAAACUGGCUUGUGGUGAAAGUUCAGUUUUCAGUGCUUGUAAGCUUUAGUGAGGAAAUUAAUGAAAUCUAUUCCCUCGAUAGAUAUGGAAAAGGAAAGUACGUAGGUUCAGGUCGUAUGAGCCAUAGGUUCCUCACUUCAACAAUCCAUGCUGAACUUAAAAUGGAUACUUUGGAUCUUGCUAUUCAGAUAAUCCAUAUAAAGGAUACAGAUUCUUUCAUUCAGAAAUCCUGGCUUCUUCCUCCAAUUAACAACGACCACAGUAGUUUUGACCAAGCAAGCAUGAGUCAGUAUAAAAUUAUUCCUCCUGACAAGCCUGUCGUUGGAAUCAUUGGAAAAGGAGUCAUCCUGCCCUGUCAGCUGAGAGUUAAAAUAAUCCCUGAGAUGCUUUCUGUUCAGUGGAUAUUUACUGGAAACUCCAAAAAAAUCGAUGUGACCACUUACAACGGCAAAAACGCACAUAAUCCAGUUCAAGAGGACAAGACAUACCAGGGCAGGACAACAUUUUUUCAGUCUGAAUUUAAUAAUGGAAACAUUUCUCUUCACCUGAAAAACGUCAUGCCCUCGGACAAAGGGAAAUACACCUGUAGUGUCUUUUUUAAGAAUUGGUACGAUGAAGUGGUGGUUGACCUGGAUGUGGCAGCUAAAGGCGAUGAGUCUUCAGUUUCCCUGGAUGGCCAUGUGGGUCAGGGCAUUUGCCUCACCUGCAAGUCGCAGGGAUGGUUUCCAGAGCCCAAAGUAGUUUGGCUGAACAGCAAAGGACAGACACGGAAGGAAGAAGUGACCACCCAAACCACAAAGACUUCUUCAGGAGUCUUUGAUGUUGUAAGUUCCAUGAAUCUCAAACCAGGAUCCGACAGGGAAGUCUCCUGCAGAGUAGUCAACAACCUACUCAACACGUUCUGCGAAUCCCGAGUCCUGAUUUCAGGUAGUUUUAAACAGUCUCGUAAAGCAGAUUUCUGGGAAGCCCGGAGUCAUGCAG